AUGGCGCCGCCGGCAGCAGCGCCGCCUCCCGCCAUGUCCGCCCUCCCCACCUUCGCCUCCUCCCACCCAUACCCUUCCCUCACCACGCCCAAAACCGCCGCCCUCAAACCGCGCCUCAACCUGGCCUAUGCCGGCGCCGCCGCGGCCCCCAAUGCCGUCCCCCACCGCAGCGCCGCCGCCUCCAACGACCGCCUGCGGGGUCUGGUCCGCCGCGGCGACCUCGAGGAGGCCCUCCGGCUCGUCGAGUCCAUGGCGGGCAUCGAGCCGUCCGCGGCCGCCGCGGGGCCCUGCGCCGCGCUCAUCAAGAAGCUGUGCGCGUCCGGGCGCACCGCGGAGGCCCGGCGCGUGCUGGCCGCCUGCGAGCCCGACGUCAUGGCCUACAACGCGAUGGUCGCCGGGUACUGCGUCACGGGGCAGCUCGACAACGCCCGCCGGCUCGUCGCGGCGAUGCCCAUGGAGCCCGACGCCUACACCUACAACACCCUCAUCCGCGGCCUGUGCGGGCGCGGCAGGACCGACAACGCCCUGGCGGUGCUCGACGAUAUGCUCCGCCGGGGGUGCGUGCCCGACGUGGUCACCUACACCAUCCUGCUCGAGGCCACCUGCAAGAGGAGCGGGUACAAGCAGGCCAUGAAGCUGCUCGACGAGAUGCGCGACAAGGGGUGCGCCCCGGACAUCAUCACCUACAACUACCCCGACAUCGUCUCAUACAACACUCUUCUUACCGCGCUGUGUCGCGGCGGGGAAGUUGAUGCCGCUGUUGAGCUGCUUCAUCAACUGAAGGACAAAGGCUGCACCCCUGUCUUGAUUAGCUACAACACCGUCAUCGAUGGCCUUACCAAAGCCGGCAAGACAGAGGAAGCUUUAGAACUGCUGAAUGAGAUGGUUACCAAAGGGCUCCAACCGGACAUAAUCACUUACUCGACAAUAUCUUCUGGUCUUUGUCGGGAAGACAGAAUCGAAGAAGCGAUCAAAGCAUUUUGUAAAGUGCAAGACAUGGGCAUAAGGCCCAACACUGUGCUGUACAACGCGAUACUUCUUGGGCUCUGCAAAAGGCGUGAAACACACAGUGCUAUCGAUCUGUUUACUUACAUGAUAUCGAAUGGCUGCAUGCCAAAUGAAUCGACCUACACUAUAUUGAUUGAAGGCUUGGCUUACGAAGGCUUGGUCAAGGAGGCACGGGAAAUGCUGGCUGAGUUGUGCUCCAGAGGAGUGGUGAGUAAGACUUUGGUAAAUAAGGGAGCCAUCCGGUUACUUGAUGCUUGA